AAAUCAAGGUCCAUUCCAUAAUAAGACCCCAUUCUUAUAAUUCUCCAGACUAUCCUGGCCCAGUGUGCCCAAACCGAAAUCUGUAAACAUCUUUUUACCCAGAACUUCUGAAUCACUCCAGUUGUUCUUCCGUGACAGCUUUUCUCAGAUAUUUAACGGUGACACAUUGAGCGCAGAAUCUACAAAAUCCCUUGCUUACUGUCUUGACCCCUCCGUUUUUGACCCUUUUGACCCCACCGCAACCGUCAAGAUGGAUGAACUUUUGCACAAGCUACAGGACAAAGUUGAAGAGAGCAUCCAGGAAGUCUUCGGCAUUAAAGAAGAGAAGCACUCUCACAAUUCUGAACAGGCUUCCACUGAGGAACAGGCUUCCACUGAGGAACAGCACCAGGCCACCAGCAGCAACACAAACCGAUUCCUGUCGUUCGCUGCUCCCAGCACCGGUGCUGUCAAGUGGUAUGUUGAUGGAGCCUCAUAUUUCCACGCUGUCUCCAUCGCUCUCGAAGAGGCGCAAGAGAGCAUUUACAUUCUUGACUGGUGGCUGAGCCCCGAGCUCUAUCUUCGUAGACCACCAUCUCGCAAUGAGCAGUACCGCGUCGACAACAUGCUCAAAGCUGCGGCCGAGCGUGGUGUCAAGGUCCACAUCAUCGUCUACAAGGAGGUCACCCAAGCUUUGACCCUGGAUUCGGCGCAUACCAAACACGCGUUAGAGGCUCUGCAUCCCAAUAUCAAUGUGUUCCGACACCCGGACCACACACCAAACGUCAAUGACGCCAAAGCAGAUCUCGAGUCCAGCUUUGGCGACCUGUCGAUUGCGCGUCUGAACGCUUUCAGCCUGUCAAAGGUGUCUGGGGAUGCUCUCAAAGCGCUAUACGGAUCUUCUGACGACAUGGUGCUCUACUGGGCUCAUCACGAGAAGUUAUGUCUGAUCGAUCGUAAGCUCGCUUUCAUGGGUGGGUUGGAUAUGUGCUUUGGACGUUGGGACACCAACAGCCACCCUAUUGCUGAUGCCCAUCCUGGCAACCUGGACGAUAUUAUUUUCCCUGGCCAGGACUACAACAAUGCUCGUAUCUACGACUUUGAGGGCGUGGACAAGUGGGACCAUAAUCAGCUCGACCGCACCAAGAGCUCCCGGAUGGGUUGGUCUGACAUAUCGAUUUCGCUUCACGGACCCAUCGUGAAUAGUCUCAUCGAUCACUUCUCCGACCGGUGGAACUACAUCUUCGACCAGAAGUAUAAUACGAAGAACCCUGGAAAGUUCGAGAAGAUAGCAUCGAGCAGUGGAGCCAAACUGACACCAGAACGCGACGGCCGCUUGGCGGGAGACUUCCAAAGCCGCCUCAACCGAGGUGUGCGGAGGUUCAUGGCCGCAGAAGGGGAGGAGGGCGGCCAGUACGAGGCCGGACAGUCGCAGGGCGGUAAUGCCUCGAUCCAGUUAUGCAGGAGCUGCACCAAGUGGUCUGCUGGCCACCCGACAGAGCACUCCAUCGCUAAUGCUUAUGUCGAUGCAAUCUCCAAGGCCGAACAUUUCGUCUACAUUGAGAACCAAUUUUUCAUCACCGCCACUUCGGAUGAACAGAAACCGGUGGAGAACAAGAUCGGUCGUGCCAUCGUCGACCGUAUCAGCCGUGCACACCACUCGAACGAGGAAUUCCGCGUCAUUGUGCUCAUGCCCGCGGUACCUGCCUUCGCCGGCGACCUGCAUAGUGACGGUGCACUUGGAACCCGAGCCAUUAUGGAAUUCCAAUACAACAGUAUCAACCGUGGAGGUCACAGCAUCAUGGAGGCCCUCCAACAGGAGGGCGUUGAUGACCCUCGACGCUACAUUACCUUUUACAACCUGCGUAACUACGAUCGCAUCAACACCUCGUCGACCAUGGGUCGCGUUGAGCGGGAGAGCGGAGUGGACUAUGAGGACGCUAGGCGCGAGCAUGAUGACAUGGUUGAGCGUUCCGACGCCUACGAGGGUGGUCGUGGCGGCCAAUACGACCGUUACCAGCGAGCCACCGAAGAAGCUCCUGACUUGACUUGGGACAGCAUCUCCAGCUGCUACAUGGACGGCGGCCCCGACUUGAACCGUGUGCCCUGGCAAGGCAGUGAAGAGUCCGAGAUGGACGCCUUUGUCUCGGAGGAGUUGUACAUCCACUCCAAGGUGCUCAUCGCCGACGAUCGACUGGUCAUCUGCGGCUCCGCCAACCUAAACGACCGUUCCCAGCUCGGCAACCACGACUCGGAGAUCGCCGUCGUCAUUGAGGAUCCCGAGCCAAUUGAGAGCAGCAUGAACGGGCGACCUUUCACCGCCUCCAAGUUCGCAACAUCGUUGCGCCGCCAGCUGUAUCGCAAGCACCUAGGACUUCUACCCCACCAGCGUCCCGAUCACCCGACUGCCAACUGGACGCCCAUUACCCGCGAUCCCCAGGAGUACGACUGGGAUUCUGCUGCCGACAGGCUCGUGGCCGAUCCUAUGAGCCGCGAGUUUUGGGAUCUGUGGACAAGUACCGCCCGCACCAACACCGAAGUCUUCUCCAAGGUGUUCCACCCCGUCCCCAACGACUGCGUCAGGACCUGGCAACAGUACGAAGACUUCUUCAGCCGCAACUUCAUCAUCCCCGGCGUCGAGUACAAGGACGAGGAGAAGGAAGGCAAGGUCGAGUACGGUCACGUCGUCAAGGACGAGUUUCCGGGCGGUGUGCAAGAGGUUAAAGAGUGGCUUGGUCGCGUCCGCGGCACCCUCGUUGAGAUGCCCCUUGAUUUCUUGAUCGAGGUCAAGGAUUUGGCUAAGGAAGGAUUGAGUUUGAACCACUUCACUGACGAGAUCUACACCUAGUUGUCUAGCCUGACAGAGGACGGGGAUCUGGAUAUGAGACUUCACGGGGCUGGACAAAUGUUGACUGUAUAUAGGCUCAGCAUAUCACGGAGGCUUCUCUGGCUUGUAGUUUCACAUAGCCAAGCAAUAUUAUCUUGUUCCCAAUGCUCCCCCGCUAUUCAUAAUGAUGUUCAUCCCCGCGUGUCUGCCCUACUCCACUAUCAAAAGGCUUCAAACCGGCUGCAGCUG